GGGAGCAAAUGGAGGGACGAUCGAAUCGGAGACAGAAGAAGAAGGACGUAAAGCGGAAGGAUUUCGUCUCGAGCUCAUCAAGCUUCUUCUGUACAAUCUAGUUGUGGUUGUUCCGGUGUCUGAAUUCGAUUUCAAUCUCUGAAGAUUCUCAAGAGUUCACUGAACCAUCUUCUUUCUAAUUGCGAAAUUGGGAGGAGACAGAACUAGGAAACAAGUAAAAAGUAGGAGGGAGUGAUGUUUUCUCUUAUUUAUGGAAUGUGGAAGUACAUGUUCAGCAAGACUGAGUUCCAUGUACUCAUUCUUGGUAUCGACAAGGCUGGCAAGACGACGUUUUUGGAGAAACUGAAGUCGAUAUACUCCAUCUCAGAAGGUCUUCCUCCCGAUAGGAUUGUUCCUACUGUGGGGCUGAAUAUCGGUCGCAUUGAAAUCUCCAAUACGAAAAUCGUGUUCUGGGACCUUGGAGGUCAGCCUGGAUUACGGUCGAUAUGGGAGAAGUAUUAUGAAGAAGCGCAUGCAUUGAUAUAUUUAAUUGACGCUGCUUGCCCGUCCCGUUUUGAAGAUUCAAAAUCUGCUCUAGAGAAAGCCCUGCGACAUGAGGAUUUGCGAGGAGCCCCUCUUUUGAUAAUGGCAAACAAGCAAGAUCUCCCUAGUGCUGUGUCUGCUGAGGAGCUCGAUCGUUACUUGGAUCUAAAGAAAUUGGAUGAAAGGGUUUACAUGUUUGAAGCUGUUUCAGGGUUUGAUGGCGAAAUGUUGAAUUUGCAGGAGAGGAAUCAAAGAAAGUAUAGAAUGGCUGGUGGGGGUGAUGGAGAAAAGCAAAAGAACCGAAGCAUUAAGAGCUCGAGCAGGCAUUGUGCCAACUUCCUAGACACAAAGAAGAAGCCAACCCUUUUCUUUUUGCCCUGCGAAUAUGGAAAGCUUGUGUAGAUAAUAAACCAGGGUCUUGCUGAAAUCAUUUUGGCCAAUAUCACAUGAGUAGGAUUCUUCUAGCUACCUUAUUUAAUUAUUCCUUACUCAGCAUUGAAGUUCAAUGGUUCGAUUGAGAUAAUAUGAUUCGAUAUAGUUCCCUUUUGUACUGCGUACUGCAAAACAUUGAUAUAAAACGAAGUUUCAGGUUCCA